AUGUCAACUCAGGCGCGGGUGAAAGAACCUCCAGCGGCCCCAAGGGCCAUGUUGAAUGGUUCUGGGGGCUUAGAGGAAAAUGAAGUCACACUACACAAAUACCUGAACCUUCUCUACUGCCUUGAUGGGUUCCAAGGACAAGGGAGGAUUGACCGAGAAGAUAAAAAGUGUGGCGAAAAUCGAUAUACUACGAAAGAAUUGCGUCGUUCGUUUCUCGAUGGUGUUUCCUAUCUCUGCGAUAUCAACUCAAAGGGAGGCACCGUGACGGCGGCGGCAAUACGCAAGUUCUACCAGAAAAAUCAAAUUCAAGCUCGCUUAUAUCUUGCUGCGAAUGAACCUAUCCUCGAUAAGGUUUAUGAUUUCGUUGUGAAGAUGUUGCGGGACUUGGGAGAUAUUACUCCAGAUAAUCGUGGCCAAAAGGAGGAGAAAAUACUACGCGAGGCUCUUUUUCUAGAUAAUGAUGUACUCACCUGGAUUCAAGAUAUUCAGGCCGAAACUGAUCUGUACCGCUUAUCUGCACUGUGUUACAGCGGCCGCGAAGGGAAGCUUGAUGAGUUGAAGUCGAGGACAAAAGAUAAUAUCGACAUGGCUGAGGCAACUCACUAUAUCGGGCGACUCGGGGCACAUCAUUAUGCGGUUUCGAUGAUAAUCGCGGCGUACAUGAAUGUGCCAAUCUUACGGAAAACCAAAGCCAUACGCCUACCCUCUGCAAACGUAAAGGAUAUCACUCUUCCGGCAGAAUCGGUGAAUUUCCACACGAUCUGUAAAGAUAUUUCCAAAAGCCCUUAUCUUCGGGAUCAAGGGCAUGAUCUCUAUACGCGGCUUCAUAAUAGGAAUUUCCUCUCAGGCUUUGUCAUGCCUAGCAAGCUUGCGCAAACCAACACCCAAAGCACCCGUGUCCAUGCGGAGUUGCUAAUUGUCGACUACUUCAGUCGAAAGAAGUUGGAGUUCUUUGACAACGACAAGGAAAUGGGGCAAGGAUUCGGAGAGAACAGUACACCCGGUUGA